AUGCAUGGCAGGAUCUCACAGUUGUUCUUGAUUAAUGCAUUGACAUGUGGCCUGGAGGUAUGCUUGGCUGCUGGGACCAUCUACAUCCCACCUAUGCUGCUGGAGGCAGGGGUGGAAGAACGAUUCAUGACUAUGGUAUUGGCUGUGGGCCCAGUCCUGGGGCUGAUCGCGGUGCCUCUAAUUGGUUCGGCGAGUGAUAGUUGGAGAAGUAAAUAUGGUCGCCGGCGUCCCUUCAUAUGGGUUUUGUGCAUGGGCGUCCUGCUCGGACUCUUGAUCAUCCCUCAGACGUCCACCCUCUUCACCCUGCUCACAAAACGACAGCAGCAUUGGCUGAAGGUCCCACUGCUGGUCCUUGCCAUUUGUUUGGUGGAAUUCUGUGGUCAGGCUUGCUUCACCCCUUUAGAGGCCUUGGUCUCUGACCUCUUUCCUGGAGAGGAAGAGAGUCGCAAGGCUUUUUCCGUCUACUCCCUCAUGCUCAGUCUGGGCGGAUGCAUUGGCUACCUGCUGCCCGCGGUUGACUGGACAACUUCGGACACUGUGGUCUACUUGGGUGGACAAGAAGCCUUCAUCUACAUUGUUCUGACCUUCAUUUUUCUCUCCUGUUUGAUGGGUACAACCUUCAUCUCUGAGGAGAAGACAGUACGAGAAAGGUUGGGGGAAGCUGAGGUGUCCAGAAAGCCUGAAAAACUAAAGACUUACUGCUGCCCUUGUGUGGCAUUCCCCAGAUUUCUGCUUUUCCGAAGGACGUACUCUAGUCUCGUUUCUGUGGUUCCCCGACUCUACUCGCUGUGCAGUCGCAUGCCAAAAGUCAUUGCAAGGCUGUUUGUCGCGGAGCUGUGCAGUUGGAUGGCACUUAUGUCCUUUAUGCUUUUCUACACUGACUUUGUUGGAGAAGGAUUGUAUAAUGGGGUGCCCAGUGAAGAGCCAGGCUCCUCAGGAAGGAUCCGCUAUGAUGAAGGUGUUCGAAUGGCCAGUCUGGGUCUUUUCCUACAAUGUGUGACCUCUGUGAUCUUCUCAUUGCUAAUGGAGCGUAUGGUGUUGUGUAUCGGUGCCAGGAAGCUGUAUCUGAGCAGCGUGGUUCUGCUGGCUGUGAGUACAGCAAUUAUGACCAUAUCCCACAACAUUAUACUAGUCACCAUCAUGGCUGCUGCUACAGGAUACACCUUCUGCACCCUGCAAAUUCUGCCAUACACACUCACAUGUUUAUACCACUCAAAUGCACAGGUCUUUUUCUCCACCGAAAGGAGCAAUUUUCCUCUCAGGGAGGAAGAUCUAAUGCUAAUCAGAUCAGAGAUGCCAUCCUCGACUAAGCAGAAAAGAGCUAAUGGGUGCGUCAAUGGGUAUCCAGGUACGAUACCCUUCCAUAGCAAUAUAAAAAACUCACAACCACAUGAUCUGCAUGUGUCUUUCACCAUGGACACACAACCCUCAGCCCAAAGAGGCAUGGGCACAGACAUCGCCAUUUUAGACAGUGCCUACCUGCUGUCUCAGGUGGUCCCGUCCCUCUUCAUGGGCUCCAUCGUCCAACUCUUCCACAGUGUGACCGCAUACAUGGCCUGUGCAUCUUUGUUGAGUCUGGUGGCUGUGUAUUUCUCCAGUAAGAUUGUCUUUGAGAAGGCGGAUAUUGAUGCAAGAUGACAGGGAUGUUCCCAAAAGAGACUCUGGAUAGUUACAAAAAACUAUAAAGGGCAGCUGGUUCUGUUUAGUAGUUUUGGAAAGAGCGAUGGUAAUGUGCAAUUAAAUGCCUUAUGUAAUUUAAGUAAUUUAUUGGAAAAACAAAAAAAAACCUUAAGCUAUAUGAUUUUCAACAAACAAUAUAUGGUCAUGCAUAUAUAUAAAAAGUCUUAUUUGAGCAUUGAUUUAUUUGCUGGAACUAUUGUUAUCUAACCUGCGCUUACUGUGUCUGUCUGUGUUCCCUUGCUUUUUACCAAUAUAUUUAGUUCCUGUUCUUUUCUGUUUCCCCUUCAGGUUCCUGUUUGCCCAUUUUUGGUUUUGCUCAUUACUUUGUUAAGUUUAUUAACAGUACAUACCAGCAUCUGUUUUACCCUCAUUAGUGGUCUUAUUAAGUCUCUCUCUUUUUUCUCUUUGUGUUUGUCAGUUAAUGUAGAUGUUAGGCUGUGUGUAAGCUCUUAGUCGUUGGAGGAGGAUAACCAAUUAAAGGACUUUAGAUUAUUGGAAUAACCUUUGUCUGCCUGCUUCAUCAUCCUAACAGCAGAGUACGACGAUAUCAUAUCUGCAAUAUUACACAAUUGUAUGCCUUUAAAGCAGAGAAAUAACAUACUUGGGUGUAUUGAAGUGCAGGAAAGUAAAUAUGCUAAAUGUUUGCUUUAAAGCAAGGACGAGUGAUUGUUUCAAGUUUUAAAUCUUGUGACACCCUGUACAACCUGUUAAAAAAAAAGUGCUGUUUACAUGUUUGGUUCAGAGAUCGUUGACUAUCUGAAGAGAGAAAGGAACAAGUCUGAAGUUUUGCGGGCUAUUUUCUUUGUUUUCUUUGUUAGUGCUUAAAGAGCAACAAAAAGACUAGAUUGGAUGUCUUAAUGGCUUAUUUUAUUUGAUACAUCUUUGAGAUUGCAGACAAAUAAAUGUAUUCAUUGCA